AUGCCUAUACCUUUGGUCAAUCCCUUCCAUUGGGGCUAUCAUGGUAUAGUAGAGCAGGUUUCGAACCCUCAAGGAACUGUUCCUUUGAAGUUGAAGGACAAGGAAAGCACUAUUGAAUUGAAUAAGUUUAUCACCGAAAAAGUACCUGGAUUAAGCGAUCAGACGAAAUUUGAAUUGCAUCCUGCAUUGUUUACAGGGUAUCUUCAAACUUUGUAUCUUGGGGCUGCGGAUUUUUCAAAGAGCUUUCCAGUUUUUUAUGGUCGGGAAACUGUCAAGUUUUCAGAUGGUGGGAUAUGCACUGCUGACUGGGUGAUGAAGGACUGGGAGUCGAAGUACGACUUGAAAAUUGACAGCAAGGGUUCAAGAUUUGAUUCGAAGAAAUUCAAUGCUGACGAGGUGGCUACACAUCCUGAAAGUUGGCCUCGUUUGCACCCAAGAACCCGGUUUUUAACCGAGCACGAAAAAACGGAAGCUCAUCAGAGUGAAAAACCACUUGUAGUAGUGAUCCAUGGACUGGCUGGUGGUUCCCACGAGCCUAUUAUCCGGUGUCUGACUCGAGAUCUUUCUCGCACUAGUGAUGAAAAGUUUGACGUGGUGGUUUUGAAUUGUAGAGGUUGUGCACGGUCUAAAAUAACCACUCGCAAACUAUUCUACGCGCUUUUCACCAAUGAUAUAAGAGAAUUCUUGAAGCGUGAAAAGGAGCGGCACCCGACAAGAAAGAUCUACGCAGUUGGUUUUUCCUUUGGUGGCACUUUGCUGGGUAACUACCUGGGCGAAGAAGGUGAAAAUACUCCUGUUGAAGCGGCCGCAUUUUUGAGUACUCCAUGGGAUCUCUACCAAUCGUCUUUAAAGAUGAACGGAGACUGGUGGUCACGCACUUUAUUUUCGAAGAGCAUUGCUCAAUUUUUAACUAGAUUGGUCAAGGUUAACCUUGCAGAACUAGAAUUCAAAGAGGGCGAUGAGAAACCAAUCGAGCCACCGACCCCAAAAAACCCUUCGUUCUGCGACUUUACAAAAGAGAAUUUGAAAAAGGCCCACGGCUUCAAUUCGACUCUAGAGUUCGACAACAUGUUUACCGCUCCUUGUCUUGGUUUCAAAAAUGCACAUGAUUACUACAAAGCAUGUGGAUCUAUCCACGAACUUCCUAACGUCAGGAUUCCCACAUUGAUUAUCAAUUCGAAGGACGAUCCCGUUGUAGGAGAAGACUCUAUUCCUUAUUCGACCGUCAGGGAGAACUCGAACUUGACCCUUUGCGUUACCGAUCUAGGCGGUCACUUGGCGUACCUAAACAAGAAUUACGAGUCCUGGGCUACCGCCCAAAUUACAGAUUUCUUGGACAAGUUCGAAGAAUUUGUCCAAUGA